AUGCUCCACGAGAUCCUGCUCUCCCUCUCCGGCCAACCCUCCCCGCUCUUCGAUUCCAAAAAGGGGGAAGAUGCCAUCACUCAAGAUGCUUUUCCGCUCCUUUCACCCCCGGAAAAGGCCCUCCUCGCCUCCAUUGCCCAUCUGAGUCGGCUCCAUACGCAGCUGCGGGAGUAUACCUCCGAAAUCUCAUCGACGAACCCAUCUGUCAUAUGCCGCUCGGUCUCCACUGCUAUCGUUGGAAUACAUCUGAGUGAAUUUCAGAAAAAGAUCUUGGAGGUCGAGAGCGCAAUCCUUGCGGAGGACAGUGGAUAUGUCGGAGGGUAUGGGAUUGUUCCAUUGUCGACCAUUGUGGGAGAGUUCGCACCAUGGACGCGGCGCAUGGAGUGGCUCUGGGGUGUUAUUCGUUUUAUUCAGACGGAAAGGAAAACCAAUGAACGUCCACAUGGUUCGACGGGGGCAGCACUUAUCGAUCAUUUGCGGACUGAAGCUCUCACUGGGUACCUUGAUAUAAAGGAGAUGGCUUUGCAAUUAGCGACAGCGGCCGAAACAGCCUGGAUGAAACAGCUUUCCAUGUGGCUACUUUAUGGGAAUCUUCCUAUGUAUGGCAGAGACGACUUUUUCAUCCAGGAUGCAACCGGACCGGAGAACGAUGAGGUAAAAUUCCGCAUAGACGCUCAUCUGCUCCCAAAGUUCGUCACUGCACAGACGGCUGGCUCAAUCCUAUUCAUUGGAAAAUCCCUUAAUCAUAUUCGGGCGAAGCGGAAGACUUCGAUAGCAGGAACAUCUACCGCGCCAGUGACAUUAUAUCGGGACCACAUCGAGCAACUUGCGGGUGUAAGAUCGCCAAUCUCGCCGUCAAAAUUGACCUCCGUCAUCGAUUGCAUCCGUCUUUCUCUUUCACAGUCAACGUUAUCAAAACUGUUGCCCCUCCCGAGGAUCCUCGAAAUUCUUACUCUACUUCACAACUUCCUAUUACUAGGACGGGGAGAGUUUGCAGUGGCUCUGGUAGCACAUGCGGAUUCUCGCAUCGAGGAGAGUCGACACCGAAGCCUAGCGGCAAUUCGUUCAUCUGGGAAAUUUGAUGGCCUCUCUAUCAGAGAAGGCGAUGUCAAUGCUGCUCUGGUGCAAACCUGGGCAGAACUUUCCUCGCUACAAAAAGAAGAGGACCCAGCUGACGAGGAGCUGGAACUCGCCCGGGAGCUACUCUGUUUAUCUAUCAGUGGGCGCAAGAAUGCUCGACCGAUGACCCCAGCCCAGGUUCCCAAUCCAAUAUCGGACAUCUCGAGAGUCUCGUUCGAAGAUCUGCUCUUCCCGACGCCCACACACCUUAGUGCACAAAUCCGAGCUCCUUUGGAUCUGUUCAUCUCAAGUUCUGAUAUUGCCAUAUAUUCCAAGAUCCAUUCCUAUCUUCUGGCAAUACGGCGGGCUCACAUCCGGCUUGGCGACCUUUGGAAACGAACCCCGUUGCGGCGAAACCACCCUACACCUUGGGGACCCCCCCGAAGCAACAGUAAAUUUGGCCAAGCCAAACUGCAGGCAAGAAGAGACAGAGAUAAUGCCCGUCUUCGCCGAAUGCGCCCUAUCUGGGCCACAGGCAGUGCGUGUUUGUUCAUGCUCUCCGAGAUUGGCAGCUUCUUCCAAGGAGACGUUGUCAAUGAGUCAUGGCAUCACCUUCGCCAAUGGAUCGAGGGACACUCUUCGUCCACAAGCUCAGCCCCCGGUUCCCGACCAAGCACCGCAUCCUCUUCCAAGCCGCACGAGAACUCCAAUCUCGCUCCCUCAGACGGUAUGCCGGUCAAAGAUUCUACCGACUCCGGUCGGACUGGUCAACAAACCAUGGGACGGCACGACCCUGAGGCCCUCACCGUUGCCCACCGUCGCCAUUUGUCAUCACUUGUGCAUUCCCUUUUCUUAACCGAACUACCGUUCACGAAUACCUUGAGAGGUCUCCUUACCAAUAUCGACCGCUUCGUCGCCCUUGUGAUCCGAUUGGAAACAAUUCAACGCAAGAUGGACCUGGAAACAGAUGAAGGCGUGGAAGACGCCUUGGUAGACUAUGCCCAGGAAGAACGCGAGGUUUGGGAGGAACUGCGCGCCACUCACACCGAUGUCGAAACAGCCCUCAAGAACCUCGUUGGGAGCCUGCGGAACAUCGACGAUAGUCGCUCGGGGGAAGGCCGGGGACCCGCGGAUCUCGCAACGAAUACUGGUCACAUGUGGCCUGGUUCCCGUCAAGACGAGACCAUGAGCUCCGGCUUCAGCCACUACAUGCCCCACAAAACAGCCGGGGUGGAUCGUCUGCUUAUGAAACUGGACUUCGGCAGCCUCCGCAGUGGCUUUGGACCUGAGGCGACUGGGGGUCUGGCAAGCAUGUGA